AUGGCAAACACAAACAAAAGCAUCGGAACUGACGCCAAAGUGUCAAUGGAGAUUGAUCCAUCAGCUUCUGGUACCAUUGUCCGAAUUAUAUCGGUCGCUGAAUCGACGUUCAAUAUCCUUUUGGCUAUCCCCAUGGUAUUCAACGCGGAAAAAGCUUUCAAACGAAUGUACUCAACCGAUGACCCGUCUGCGGCCUCUCACGCUGUCCCUGUGAUGCAACUGUUCGGCAUCAGCCUAGCCGCCAUGACGGUACCAAUAGCACUUGGGAUCCCAAAUAAAGCUGGAGCGGUGGAAACGAGGCGGUUAACGUAUCGGAUGCUAGCCUCGUUUGAGGGUAUGGCUUUACCGCUCUUGUUUUGGCAGGCUUGGGUUGUAGGGGAGACCAAUAGUGGGAUUUAUCCUACCAAGCUGACUUGGGGCUCUGGGUUGGCAAUGGGUGUCAUGUUAGGGUUUAGGGUUUUCGUGUUGUUUAUGAAACCGGAAUGGAUGGGCAAACAGAAGGCGAAGAGGGUAAGCUGA